AUGCAGCUGAAAGUCAUCGGCUUGCUGUGUGAGGCUGGUUCCGAUGUUUCAACAAUGGUUAUUUUCACACAACCGAGAAAGACAACACCAAAGCGAAAUAUCCAUGGCAGCAACUGCCUCGGCAUCAAGUCGCCUUUCAUCGAAUUCAGCAACAAUAUAGAAGUGCUGGCCAACAACAGUGUGCCCCUCAACAUAACCAAAGAUGAGCAGGCGCUCAUGCAUCAGGAAGGCCUACGCAAGUUGGGCUCUUUCAUAAAACCCGUUGACUUGCGCGAUUCGACGACGGGUUUUGUGAAAGCCGAUUUAACUAAGAAAAUACCAAGCGCUGCUGCCAGCACAAGCAGUAAUAUGCACUAUGGCGCUGGUGGUGGUCAUGGUGGGGGUGGUGGAGGUCCCGGCGGUGGUAUAAUAAUGGCACAACGACGUCGUCAUCCAAUACAAGAAGAAAUGGAUCAAAAACAAAUUAUAUUGCUUGAUGAAGACACAGAUGAAAAUGGUUUGCCCACAAGUCUGACGGAUGAAGAUCGAAAAUUUAUCGUACCCAUGGCGCUUAAGAAUGCCUCACCGGACCCACACGCGCUAAUGGCUACGCAGCGUCUAGUAGGCAUGUCGACGCGGCGCACCACAACGACGACGACGACGACCACAACAAAGCGUCCCACUACACCUGUCACACCAGAGUUUGCAUCGAAUAUCGACGAUCUCAAAAAGCAUAUAUUAUUUUUGCAAAAUCUCACUAAGCACGAUAGCAAUUUUCAGUCGAAAUUUGUUGUAUUCCCAAGUCUACAAAAAGAUCGGAAAAAUCCAGGGCCAACAGUUGUAAUAACAACAACCACUGCGCGCCCUUUUCGCUCAAUCUUUCAAUACUCUGCGCCCGCUACACCACCUACGCGCAAAUCCGCUUUUCCGAGUGGCGCAAAACUGCCAGGGGGUCAACCCUUCGGCGGCUACUAUCACAAUGACGAUGUAGAUGAUGGCGGCAUGUCGGUGUUUCUUUCGAAAGCCGGUAUGAAUGCGCGCGAAAAGAUCACAAUUGUGCCACAAGUGUUGCUGCUAAAUGAUCAAACGAGUAAAAACGAAACUGCUGGUGUCGAUGUGAGACAACGCAAUUUCGAUAACUCACCCGCUGGUAUGCCGCAAACUAUUGCCGCCACCACAACAACUACGCCAGAGACUACCACACCCAUGACGAGUACGACGCCUAAGCGUCCAACCAAGAGACCCUUGUGUAUACGCAAUCCUGACUCGCCGAAAUGCAUACGGCAGCGUAAGCGCGAGGAGCAACAGCGUCAGCGCCAUCGUGAGCAAUUGUUGCGCGAGCAACGUGAAUAUCUACGGCCGCACUACGAACCCUACAUCCAGACGCUAAACAACACAAAACGCUUUGCGGUGUCCAUCGAAAUACCUGACUCCUUCAAGAUACCGUACAAUGAGAGCAGGGAAACAACUCCGACGCCCUCAAUACGUGCCGAUGAAGGCGAAUUACAAUUGCUUUCACGUUCCAUACGUUCGCAUCAUAAACGACGCAAUAUUGGUGCCGGUAUACAAGGACGUCGCGCUAGCAAUAAUGAUAAGUUUGCCGCCAAAUAUGGACCGAGCUAUUUGGAGCGUGAUGCGGUCAUAACGGGUAAUCGGGAUUUCGUCGUUUCGAGUGGAGAUCGAAGUGUCACAUCUUCGACAAAUAACAGCAGUACGCCAAGUCCGACGGUGCCGGCGUAUUCGGAGCCAANUUCACCGGACCCACACGCGCUAAUGGCUACGCAGCGUCUAGUAGGCAUGUCGACGCGGCGCACCACAACAACGACGACGACGACCACAACAAAGCGUCCCACUACACCUGUCACACCAGAGUUUGCAUCGAAUAUCGACGAUCUCAAAAAGCAUAUAUUAUUUUUGCAAAAUCUCACUAAGCACGAUAGCAAUUUUCAGUCGAAAUUUGUUGUAUUCCCAAGUCUACAAAAAGAUCGGAAAAAUCCAGGGCCAACAGUUGUAAUAACAACAACCACUGCGCGCCCUUUUCGCUCAAUCUUUCAAUACUCUGCGCCCGCUACACCACCUACGCGCAAAUCCGCUUUUCCGAGUGGCGCAAAACUGCCAGGGGGUCAACCUUUCGGCGGCUACUAUCACAAUGACGAUGUAGAUGAUGGCGGCAUGUCGGUGUUUCUUUCGAAAGCCGGUAUGAAUGCGCGCGAAAAGAUCACAAUUGUGCCACAAGUGUUGCUGCUAAAUGAUCAAACGAGUAAAAACGAAACUGCUGGUGUCGAUGUGAGACAACGCAAUUUCGAUAACUCACCCGCUGGUAUGCCGCAAACUAUUGCCGCCACCACAACAACUACGCCAGAGACUACCACACCCAUGACGAGUACGACGCCUAAGCGUCCAACCAAGAGACCCUUGUGUAUACGCAAUCCUGACUCGCCGAAAUGCAUACGGCAGCGUAAGCGCGAGGAGCAACAGCGUCAGCGCCAUCGUGAGCAAUUGUUGCGCGAGCAACGUGAAUAUCUACGGCCGCACUACGAACCCUACAUCCAGACGCUAAACAACACAAAACGCUUUGCGGUGUCCAUCGAAAUACCUGACUCCUUCAAGAUACCGUACAAUGAGAGCAGGGAAACAACUCCGACGCCUUCAAUACGUGCCGAUGAAGGCGAAUUACAAUUGCUUUCACGUUCCAUACGUUCGCAUCAUAAACGACGCAAUAUUGGUGCCGGUAUACAAGGACGUCGCGCUAGCAAUAAUGAUAAGUUUGCCGCCAAAUAUGGACCGAGCUAUUUGGAGCGUGAUGCGGUCAUAACGGGUAAUCGGGAUUUCGUCGUUUCGAGUGGAGAUCGAAGUGUCACAUCUUCGACAAAUAACAGCAGUACGCCAAGUCCGACGGUGCCGGCGUAUUCGGAGCCAAUAGAUUUGAAUCCCGACAAUUGCUAUCUAGUCGACGGCAUGACAUAUGGGCAAAAGAAACAAUGCGUUUUGCAUACGAGCGUUAUGCCAGCGAUAAGUCGUGGAGCGAGAGCGGCCAUACAGCAAGUCUUUCAAUUAGUCUUUCGAAAUACAGAAAAUAACGCUUUCAAAAUGGAUGCCAGAUACAUCUGGCCUGUUGCCAAAAUUGCCAAAGGCGAAAUAGUUAGAAUGGAAGGCGAAUUACAAUUGCUUUCACGUUCCAUACGUUCGCAUCAUAAACGACGCAAUAUUGGUGCCGGUAUACAAGGACGUCGCGCUAGCAAUAAUGAUAAGUUUGCCGCCAAAUAUGGACCGAGCUAUUUGGAGCGUGAUGCGGUCAUAACGGGUAAUCGGGAUUUCGUCGUUUCGAGUGGAGAUCGAAGUGUCACAUCAUCGACAAAUAACAGCAGUACGCCAAGUCCGACGGUGCCGGCGUAUUCGGAGCCAAUAGAUUUGAAUCCCGACAAUUGCUAUCAAGUCGACGGCAUGACAUAUGGGCAAAAGAAACAAUGCGUUUUGCAUACGAGCGUUAUGCCAGCGAUAAGUCGUGGAGCGAGAGCGGCCAUACAGGAAUGCCAAUUUCAAUUCAAAAAUCGCCGCUGGAACUGCAGCACUACAGACGAUAACACCGUAUUUGGUCCGAUAACAGGACUGGGAUCGCCGGAAAUGGCUUUCAUUCACGCGCUCGCCGCUGCUAUGGUGACCAGUUUUAUUGCGCGCGCCUGUCGCGACGGCCAGCUGGCAUCAUGUGGCUGUUCACGCGGUACACGCCCCAAGCAAUUGCAUGACGAUUGGACGUGGGGUGGGUGUGGCGAUAAUUUGGAAUACGCUUACAAAUUCGCCACCGACUUCAUCGAUGUGCGCGAAAAAGAAACCCGUCGCGGCACACGCGGUGCUGGCAAUCCGGAGCGCAAGCGUGGCGGUGGACGCUUCCAUCAGCGUCGCAAUCAACAAAUGCAGGCAAUGCAAGCCGAUGAUGCGUCCGCUGUAGGAGCGACGACAACAGGUAGAACAUCAGCAGUAACAACGACAACGACAAUGCCAACUGUAACAACAACAACCAGCACAAAGUCAGAAUCAAGCCGAACAUCAACAACGACGCAAUUAGACGUGCUUGCAGGCGGCGCAGCUGGUUCGACAACAAAUGAACACAUCAACAGCGACAACAAAGCCAAAGACAAAGACAACAUUCAGCAACAGCAGCUAAAUUCCAAUAAAACUGCCGGUGUUGAUGGCUACAACAACAAGAACAAUACCCAGACGGUUAAUAAUACCAACAUGUCAACAACAACUUUGACGGGUUCCAAGGAUACUGUCACACAACCAACGAAGGAUCCACCAGCAACAGCGACACAGAAAUCUUCGCCAAGCAGAAGUGGCAGUAACAAAAGCAACAAUAAGCAAGAAUCAAACCGUAAUGCUGGCUCGUACGAAGACGGCGCGGUUGGACGCAUCAAAGCGGAAGAUUUAUUAGAGUUGCAGGAGCGCAUCGCAAAGGAAAUACUCAAUUCGAAAUUGCAGGGCAAGGAAAUGUUGGAAUUACAGGAGAAAAUCAAUCGUGAAAUUCUAAACACAAAGGUGUUCAAUAUAGAUGCUGGCGGCGGUAAACGUAAGCGUAGACGUAAAAAUCAGCGCGCUGUCAAUGGAAUGGCAAACGAUCAGCAGGCAGAUGCCAAUGUCAAUGGCGCUGGCGGGGAUGGUGUGGAUGUUGGCGGUGGUAAUGGUGGAAAAUGGAGGAACAGCAUCACGGCCAAGGCUCGCAGCUUAAUGAAUUUACACAAUAACGAAGCCGGCAGGAGGGCUGUUAUCAAAAAGACGCGAAUCACUUGCAAAUGUCACGGCGUCUCGGGUUCUUGCAGUUUGAUCACCUGCUGGCAACAGCUAUCAUCGAUCAGAGAAAUCGGUGAUUAUUUACGCGAAAAAUACGAGGAGUCUACCGAGGUGAAACUCAACAAACGUGGACGACUACAGGUGAAGGAUCCACAAUUUAAAGUGCCCACGGCGCAUGAUUUGGUUUAUCUGGACGAGAGUCCAGAUUGGUGUCGCAACAGUCGACAGCUGCAGUGGCCAGGCACUCACGGCCGCAUCUGCAAUAAGACAUCCUCCGGUCUGGAUGGUUGCGGCAUUUUAUGUUGCGGUCGAGGCUACAACACCAAAAACAUUGUGGUACGCGAGCGAUGUAAUUGCAAAUUUCACUGGUGCUGCCAGGUCAAAUGUGAUGUCUGUGUGAAGGUGCUGGAAGAACACACCUGUAAAUAAGUAUCUACAUAAAUAAUUACGAAAAAAGUAAGAGAUUAUUACAUAAUAUCAAAAAAUAAUUAAUGGAUGAAAUGCAACUACUCAACAACACAUGGCGGUGACAAGAAGGCGAUAAAAAACAUGCGGCGAUAAGAAAGAUAUUUAGUAGGGGGAAAAAGCAAA